CUUGUUUCAGAUGAAGAGGAAGCCUCCCCGUCUUUUGUCCUGCCUCCAGGUUUGGGUAGUCGGGCCCUGGAGAGAAAAGAUUCAGAAUGGUCUCUUGGAGAAUCACCUGCCACAGAGGAUCAUGACAAGCAGGAUGCCAAUUCUCAGCUGUCCAUCCUGUUCGUGGAAAAGCCUCAGACAGGAACAGUGAAAGUUGGUGAAAAUAUCACCUUUAUAGCCAAGGUCAAGGCUGAAGAUCUUCUUAGAAAACCCACUGUCAAAUGGUUUAAAGGGAAAUGGAUGGACCUGGCCAGCAAAGCUGGGAAGCAUCUCCAGCUGAAGGAAACCUUCGAAAGGCAUACUCGGAUAUAUACAUUCGAGAUGCAGAUCAUCAAGGCCAAAGAGAACUAUGCAGGAAACUACAGAUGUGAGGUCAGCUAUAAGGAUAAGUUUGACAGCUGUUCCUUCGAUCUUGAAGUGCGCGAAUCUACUGGGAGUACUCCAAACAUUGACAUCAGAUCUGCUUUCAAGAGAAGUGGAGAAGGUCAAGAGGAUGCAGGGGAACUUGACUUUAGUGGUCUCCUGAAACGUAGGGAGGUGAAGCAGCAGCAGGACGAGGAACCCGAGAUAGACGUGUGGGAGCUGCUGAAGAAUGCGAACCCCAACGAGUACGAGAAGAUCGCCUUCCAGUACGGCAUCACCGACCUGCGCGGGAUGCUCAAGCGGCUCAAGCGCAUGCGCAGGGUGGAGAAGAAGAGCGCAGCUUUUGCAAAAAUUCUUGAUCCUGCAUAUCAGGUUGAUAAAGGAGGCAGGGUAAGGUUUGUUGUGGAAUUGGCAGAUCCAAAGUUGGAGGUGAAAUGGUAUAAAAAUGGUCAAGAAAUUCGACCCAGUACAAAAUACAUCUUUGAACAUAAAGGAUGUGAAAGAAUUAUGUUUAUCAAUAACUGCGGGCUAACAGAUGAUUCGGAGUAUUAUGUGACGGCUGGCGAUGAGAAAUGUUCCACUGAGCUCUUUGUGAGAGAGCCUCCAAUUAUGGUGACCAAGCAGCUGGAAGAUACAAAUGCUUACUGUGGGGAGAGAGUGGAAUUAGAAUGUGAAGUGUCUGAAGAUGAUGCAAAUGUAAAAUGGUUUAAGAAUGGUGAAGAGAUCAUCCCUGGUCCAAAAUCAAGAUACAAAGUCAAAAUUGAGGGCAAAAAACACACUUUGAUCAUAGAAGGAGCAACCAAGGCUGACAGUGCAGAAUAUUCUGCAAUGACAACAGGAGGACAAUCAUCCGCUAAACUUACUGUUGGCUUGAAGCCUCUGAAGAUAUUGGCACCUCUAAGUGAUCAGACUGCAAAACUUGGAAAAGAAAUCUGCUUGAAGUGUGAAGUCUCUGAAAACAUUACAGGAAAAUGGACUAAAAAUGGGCUACCUGUUCAGGAGAGUGACCGCGUAAAGGUUGUACACAAAGGAAAAAUCCACAAAUUAGUGAUAGACAAUGCUCUCAUUGAGGAUGAAGGGGAAUAUGUGUUCACACCAGAUGACUACCCUGAAACUUUGUCUGCCAAAGUUCAUGUUAUUGAUCCUCCUAAAAUCAACCUGGAUGGUCUUGAUGCUGACAAUACAGUAACAGUAAUUGCAGGGAACAAGCUUCGUCUUGAGAUUCCCAUCAGUGGAGAACCUCCUCCUAAAGUUAUUUGGAGCCGAGCAGAUAAGGCCAUCAUGGAGGGCAGUGGCCGGAUAAGGGCAGAAUCUUACCCUGACAGCAGCACGCUGGUUAUUGACGUCGCUGAAAGAGAUGAUUCUGGUGUUUACAACAUAAAUCUGAAAAAUGAAGCUGGGGAAGCACAUGCCAGCAUCAAGAUUAAAGUUGUGGACAUCCCUGAUCCUCCAGUGGCACCGAAUGUGACAGACGUGGGAGAUGAUUGGUGCAUCAUGAACUGGGAGCCUCCUGCCUACGAUGGAGGGUCCCCAAUCUUAGGAUACUUUAUUGAGAGGAAAAAGAAGCAAAGCUCCAGGUGGAUGAGGCUGAACUUUGAGCUCUGCAAAGAAACAACUUUUGAGCCCAAAAAAAUGAUUGAAGGCGUGGCCUACGAGGUCCGUAUCUUUGCCGUCAAUGCCAUCGGCAUCUCCAAGCCCAGUAUGCCCUCCAAGCCAUUCGUUCCUUUGGCUGUAACCAGCCCCCCUACACUUCUGGCUGUUGACAAUGUAACUGACACCACUGUCACAAUGAAGUGGCGGCCCCCAGAUCAGAUCGGUGCUGCAGGUUUAGAUGGCUAUGUGCUAGAGUAUUGCCUUGAAGGAACUGAGGACUGGAUAGUUGCCAACACAGAUCUGAUCGACAAGACCAAGUUCACCAUCACGGGCCUGCCCACAGAUGCAAAGAUCUUUGUGCGUGUGAAGGCUGUGAACGCAGCCGGUGCCAGCGAGCCCAAGUACUACUCCCAGCCCAUCCUUGUGAAGGAAAUCAUAGAGCCUCCAAAGAUUCGCAUCCCACGGCACCUGAAGCAAACCUACAUCCGCAGAGUUGGAGAAGCUGUCAACCUGGUGAUACCUUUCCAGGGAAAACCAAGACCAGAAUUAACUUGGAAGAAAGAUGGUGCCGAAAUUGAUAAGAAUCAAAUCAACAUUCGCAACUCUGAGACUGACACGAUCAUAUUUAUCAGAAAAGCGGAGAGGAGCCACUCAGGGAAAUACGAUCUGGAAGUCAAAGUGGAGAAAUUCGUGGAAAACGCAUCGAUCGACAUCCAGAUCGUGGACCGUCCGGGUCCACCCCAACUUGUGAAGAUUGAGGACGUCUGGGGAGAGAAUGUUGCCCUAUCAUGGACACCACCAAAGGAUGAUGGAAAUGCGGCCAUUACAGGGUACACGAUCCAGAAGGCUGACAAGAAGAGCAUGGAAUGGUUCACUGUCAUUGAGCACUAUCACCGAACCCAUGCCACCAUUACUGAACUGGUCAUAGGCAAUGAAUACUACUUCCGAGUCUUUGCUGAAAACAUGUGUGGCCUCAGUGAGAAUGCAACAAUGACUAAAGAGAGCGCUGUGAUCGCCAAGGAUGGUAAAGUCUAUAAAAAUCCAGUGUAUGAAGACUUCGAUUUCACAGAGGCGCCCAUGUUCACUCAGCCUUUGGUCAACACCUACGCGAUAGCUGGGUACAAUGCCACUCUGAACUGCAGUGUGAGAGGAAAUCCCAAGCCCAAAAUAACCUGGAUGAAAAACAAAGUUGCUAUUGUGGAUGACCCAAGAUACAGGAUGUUCAGCAACCAAGGGGUCUGCACGCUGGAGAUCCGCAAGCCCAGCUCCUAUGACGGAGGCACUUACUGCUGCAAAGCAGUCAAUAACCUAGGGACCGUGGAGGUCGAAUGCAAACUGGAGGUGAAAGGUGGACUUUCCUUCUGCAGGCUCCUCUUGCAAGGUGUACCUCCUAACAUAAUUGAGUCAUAUAUGCGAGAUUUGCACUCAAGCAAUCCUGAGGAAUACUAAGGGCCUGGCCACUGCCCCUGCACUCUGCUGCUUUGAAAUAUGGUUGCAAUGAGAAAGCGUUGUCUGUGUUAACACCAGGCACCCAAGUGUGGCCGUUGUUUUUUUUUUUUUUUCUUUUCUUUUUUUUCCUUCUAAUGUUGAAGAAGAAAAAAUGUUUGCACAAAUUGCUUCAUUAAAAACUGUAAACAAAAUCCCAUUUGAAGUCAGUGUUUUGAUCAUUAUUGUCUGUGUUUUGUCACUGUACUUUACAAAAAAAGCAAGCUAUACUAUAAACAAAAGUAGUUACUUUAGUUUUACUUAACAGGCUGUAAAUGCUUUUUUCCAGGCUAAAAACCAGUCCAAUACACCACGAUGGAAUCUUGAAUACCCAUCUUUCUCUUGAUCUAAGAUAUUUUCUAAGCAAAGCAGAAUUGUGUAUUUCCUACAACCCUGCGUGACACCAGUGGAUCUGUGCCUACUUCCCGAUUUGAAUUUGCUAGAAGACCUCUUAAAGUCAAACAAGUUUUCUCAACAGAAGGGGAAGUGUAUUCAAUAAACGCUGCAAUAAAUCUGAAGUGUUUGUGUUGAAA